UUCACACUUUUAUAUCAUACUUAACCCUGGGAUCUUCGAAAUCUAAACAUUCCAUGAUGAUGAGACCCACGCAGCACUCGGUGAUCCACUCGCUGGGCAAGAUUUCGCAGGUAUCCAUGGAGGGUUCGCACUCCAACAAGCACAACUUCAUGGAGGCCCACGAUGACGAUGAGCAGCAGCCGGAGAACAGAUUUGUGGCCAACGAGACGGUGGAGGACAUUCUGAACGAGGUCCUGCGCACGCAGAACUUCCAGCUGAAGAAGUCGGACAGCACCCUCGAUGAGCACUGCCAGUCGGUGAGAUCCAGGCCGAUGAGGAUCAGGCCGCAACUGGACCUGGAUCUGGACAUGGACCCGCGGCUGCGCAACUGGAAUCGCGUGCUGGAGCAGCGAAGGCGAUUGCAGGAGCGGAUCGAGCGGCAGACGGGUAAGCGGGCCCAGGAUGUGCUCUUCAACCGAUCGGCGACCAUCGACGAGGCCAGCAAGCGGAUGAUCCUGCGCGUCCUGGACACAGCCGACCGAUCGCAGCCCCUCGUUCGCCUCAAGGAGAAUGCCACCCUGACCUCGCUGAAGCCGCGCCGAGAUCCCGAUCUUUGUCGCGAGCUAAACGAGCUGUAUGCCGUGAAGCCGCAGUUGCAGCAGGUGGAGUUUGUCGGCCUGCCGCAGGUCACCCAGCAGGAGUUGGCCGCCACCCAAGUGCCGCCCCAUGCGGUGGAGAGCCAGUGGCAGCGCUCCAAGGUCCUGAGCCAGCGCCUCGAGGCCAAGAAGCACGCCAUCCAGCAUGUCCUGGAGUUUGCGCCCGACCUUCAGGAGCUGCAGGUCACGCCGGCAGUUGUGGAACGGGCCAACAAGACGCCGGCGAUCAUCAAAGUCGGCGAGUCCUUCUUGAGGAACCUCUCCGGUGACUCCACCUCGGUGGAGGAGGAAGAGGACUCGGAGCUUGGCCUGCUGUCCUUUGAUGAGGAAGAGGGUGAGGAUGAAGCCGCAGCUGAGAAAAUCAUCAAGGAAAUUGUCGGUGGGCGAGUGGAGGUCAAUGAUUUGGAAGAGCCACAGGACGUGAAUGGGUUGAUGAUCAAUGGCAUGCUCCUUGAUUACCACAAUCCCACCGGCGCCACCGGCAAAUCUAUCCAUAUGCUGCUUAAAUGUGAGCCCUAUCAGCGGAAAGUCGAGAUGCUUUUGGAUAUCCAGAACCUCAGUCCCAAGUUGGUGCAUGUCUUUUGGCUAAACAAGACCCGCCUGCGUUCCGAUCGCUUGCCCAUGGAUUCCGAGCUGAUCUUUGACCGCAGCGAGUUCAUCCUGGAGCCGCAGGGUCGUCGCCUCAUCCGGGUGAUGUUCCAGCCGCAAAUCGUGGGCCUCUUCACGCAGCGAUGGUACGUGUGCCUACAGAGAACGCCCUUCUGCGGCACCCGUCGGCUGGACGUCAUCCUCCAGGGUCAGUGCACCAUGCCGGCUAUCUUUCAGAGGCGCUUGAAGGAACACCGAAGGGUGCCGGUGGCCAAGCAGAAGAAGAUGCAGGCGCACAGCAUCCUCCACAUGCAGUCCAGUCUGGCGCCCAUUAUCGAGAAUCCCCGGCCAUUGUGUCCCUACCAGAGAUCCUUGGAUGAGCGAGAGAUUUUCAAUGCCCAGAAUCCUUCCUAUCGCUGCGAGCGAUACGAGGAUCUGGAGGCUCUCAAGGAUAUAUACGGACUGGCCAAGAAGCCGCGAGAUCGACCCUGGGACCUGAGAAUCGAGACCCUGCGUCGCUUCAUCGGCAAGCAGAAGAGCCGCUUCCUGCGCGAGAAUCUGCACAACCAGCUGGUGACUCUUCUCCAGCCGAUGAAGUGCAACAGGUGCUCUGCCUUUCCCCUCCUGGAACACAAUCCCCAGCAGGAACGGUCCCGCUUCAUCUACGUGCGCGGCACCAUCAGCAGUUUCGUCGACGAAUGGGAGGCCAUGGCCCUCGGUUUGGAUGAACAGUUCUUCAAGCUGGAGCUCCUGCGUUAUCUGCCCGAGAAGAAUCCGUAUGAACCAAACGAUGAAAUGAAUGUGGUGGAAGAUAUCUCGAAGAGAGUGAGGUCUAACAAGUACCUCAAGGACUCGCUCUACAUGCAGACCUACAAUCUGCUUUGCGAUGCCGCCGAGGACAUUGUGUCCGUCAUCGAAAGCACUGCUGGCUAAGAUUCAAACAGCAAAGCAGACUGAGGUGCUCUUUCAUCUCCUCUCAGCUACA